UGUGUGUUAAAGGUACAUAACUCUAAAGUCAACCUUGGAACGUGACAGUUGUGUUGAACAAAAUGCAAACGUGAGUUAGCCAAUUUUACAAGAAAAAUGACGGACAAAUCAAAGAGGAUAGGGAGAUGGUAUUUUGGAGGAGUAGCGAGUGCAAUGGCUGCAUGUUGUACUCAUCCCUUAGAUUUACUCAAGGUACAUCUCCAAACUCAGCAGCUAGAGAAAGUGAAGGCAACAACCAUGGUUGUACGAAUUCUAAAAUCAGAUGGAAUUCUAGGUUUAUAUAAUGGAUUGUCUGCUUCCAUUUGUAGACAGUUAACUUAUUCCAUGACAAGAUUUGCUAUGUAUGAGACAGUUAAGAAAAGGUUGACUGCCGAUGGAAGUACCAUGCCUUUCUAUCAGAAAGUACUCACAGCAGCCGUCUCAGGUGCCACCGGUGGCUUUGUAGGAACACCAGCUGAUCUCGUUAAUGUCAGAAUGCAAAAUGAUGUAAAGCUGUCUGCAGACAAAAGGCGAAACUACAAACAUGCCUUUGAUGGGUUGUGGAAAGUUUACAAGAAUGAGGGAGUUCCCCGCAUGUUUGGGGGUGCAACGAUGGCCAGCUCAAGAGCAGUUCUUGUCACUGUGGGGCAGUUGGCCUGUUAUGACCAGAUAAAACAAAUGCUGCUGUUGACUGGGGUAUUUGAAGACAACAUAACUCUACAUCUUUCAUGCAGUACAAUGGCUGGCUGUAUAGCUACACUUCUGACUCAGCCUUUGGAUGUGAUGAAAACUAGAAUGAUGAAUGCAAAGCCAGGAACAUACUCUGGAAUUGCUGCAUGUGCCAUGGACAUUGGCAAAAACGGUCCUUUGGGAUUCUUUAAGGGAUUUGUUCCUGCCUUUGUCAGACUGGGGCCACACACAGUAUUCACGUUCAUUUUCUUUGAACAGCUGCGACAAAAUUUUGGAGACUUGCCGACAGUAGAAGAAAAGAAGAUUUAGGUGUAUUUUAGGAGACAAAAUAUGUAUUUAUUUUAUACAAAUGGACUGAUGGACUGAUUCUGCAAUAAUUUGUUCAUGAUUUGUAUGAGUGGUCUAUUUUUUUUUUUUAUAUAUUAAGGAACAUCUAAGAUGUGGAAUGUUCUUUUUUAAAUUUUAAAUUGUUGGGCAAUUUUUUUCAGAAAUAAUAUUUUUAAUAUAUAUUUUUUUUAUUUAUAAGUACCAGAUAUUGUUAAUUUUAUAGCAUACUUUUAAUAGCUGAGUUUUAGCAAGUAUGCUUCAGUGUAAAUAUACUUACAUUUGCUGCAGGUAUUAAAAAGCUUUAUAUUAGUUAGCCAAUGCUCAAAUGGUUUACUUGAGAAACUCAGUGAAACGAAAGAAAUGGAAAUCCUUUUUUUUUUAUCUGUAAAUGAUGUGAAGAAUGUUGAAAGAAUGGUGAUGUAUUUUUAAAUUGUGUGAUGAUUUAGAAGAUUUUGUUUUUAUAAGAUUUUGUGCCAUGUGAUAAGAUCUUUAGACAAAACCAGUUUUAGUCAUAAGUAGAACUUAAGGAUAAUGCUUUGAAUUUUACCAUGCUUUAAAAAUGGCUUCCUACAUAAACUAUUUAUGACGGAUGUUCUGUUUUAUGAAAUGCUUUCUGUAGCAAUUUAUUUCAGUCUUACUUGAAAAGGUGUUCAAUUUAUUUAUUAAAAUUGCAAAUACUUACAUGUUGCAGCACACUAUUUGCAAACAAUAUAAGUAUAACCUACAAAUGCAUCCAUCACUGCUUGGAUUACACACCUUUUAUUAUCAAAAGUUGAAAGAGAAAGGUUUUUGAUCUUUUGAUAUUAAUAUAUGUCUCACAGUCUACUUACUAAUUUUCUUAUAUUUUGGAAUGAUUAUCGGGUUAAAUUUAAUCUUUUAUAUUAAAAUAUAAAGUAUAUGAUUCAUAUAUAAUAUGAAUAAAGACAUUCCAUCUGUUAAGCCAGUGUACACGAAUUUCAUUAUAAAUAAUGAAGUUAUAUUUAAAAUGUUCAAAGCAUAAUCAUUUUUACCAGGUUAGAUAACUGGACAGUAUUUUAAGUAUAAACAUUUAAAAAGGUAUUGAUUUGGUGAAGAUAACAUAACUUACAUUAUUGUGGAUUCUGUCUGUAUACAUGUAGAGUUUAUGGUUACAGGCUUGUACAAUCAUUAUUUUUUUAAAAUUUAUUUUAUUAAAGUGGCACAGUGACGCACAAAGGGGAAAAUUGACAAAUGUAGAAUUUUCGCAUGACCUCUGUACAUUUUGUUCAAUUCCUUAAAGUAUUAGGUUUCAGAAAAUUACAGGUUUCAGAGCCUAAAAAUUAAAUUUUUAUGGGGAAAAAAUAAAAGUAAAAAUAAUUUCUGUCUGCCCCAGAACGAAAAUAUUGCUAAAUACCCUGGUACUUCUUCCUCCCUAUUGUACGCGUGUGCAGAAAAGUGUUGAAUAAGUUUCCAUAGUUACCAUGGUCUCAGGUAUCCACGAAUGAAUAUAAGUAGACCAAAAAAUUUGAUGUAAUCUUUUUAAAAAGUUGUUAGAACAUAUUUCUCACCUUUGCAUGCUCCAGUUGUAUUUUGUUUACAAGUUUGAGCUAAAAAUAAGAGUAGCGUGACCUUGACAUAUACGAAACAACGAAACGGUAGAUACAACCUUUGUUUUUCAGGCACUUGCAUUGUGCAGUCAAUUCUUGCAGUUUAAUUGUCAUAUCUUCGCUAUAUACUCAUAAUUUUCGUAAGUCUUUCUCUGUAUGCUACAGAUAUCUUAAAAUUAAGAUAUGAUUUUGACUCACUGUGCCGCUUUAAAAAAUUUAUAACAGUAGUUUGCAUGAUAUUGGAAGGAACAAUUAACUUGCCAUAUUAUUUUUAUAUAUUUUAACUUUUCUUCAAUGGUUCUUCACAGUUUUAAUUUCUGUAUAUCGAUAUUGAAUAUCGACUUGAAUAAUGAAAAAAAAAUGUUCACAUGCUAAAGAAAUAAAUAUAAUAAUGAAGGGAAA